CCUUGGAGCGCUGACGGAGGCUCAGUCUUCGCGCAGGACCGGGCCAAGCUCGGGGCUCUCGCGUCCCCAGCGACCCUCCUCUCCUCCCCGGCCCCUUUUGCGGAGAGGCAGAGACUCGGAGCGUCGCCAUUUCUGGACCAGGCGGCUGCUUUCCGAGCUUUUUCUGCGGGAACCUCUGUGAGCUGGGGACCAACCCCCGCCUGGGCGCUUGGGUCUCCGGCCCCGCUCCGGGUGGACUGCACACCGGGGACUCUGGAGGGUUUUGGUGGCAUUUGGUCCGGGGAGGUACCGGGCCGGAGGGGCUCCGAGGAGAUGAGAGCCUGGCCUUGGCGGCCUUCAUCUUCCAGAGAGGAGGCUCAGAUGAGCCCCUGCUGACUUAAGAGAGACCAAGCCGAUUGCUGUGAGGAACUGGAAGAAGGAGGGGGGGGGCAAACUCGGUGAGAAGCGCUCCCUCACCAUGAGUAGCGCUGUGCUGGUGACGCGCCUCCCAGAUCCCAGUAGCAGCUUCCGCGAGGAUGCUCCGCGGCCCCCGGUUCCGGGAGAAGAAGGGGAGACCCCACCUUGCCAACCCAGUGUGGGCAAGGGCCAGGCCGCCAAACCCAUGCCUGUCUCCUCCAAUGCCAGGCGGAAUGAAGAUGGGCUGGGAGAGCCUGAGGGGAGGGCGUCCCCUGAUUCCCCUCUGACCAGGUGGACCAAGUCCUUGCACUCCUUGUUGGGCGACCAGGACGGUGCAUACCUCUUUCGGACUUUCCUGGAGAGGGAGAAAUGUGUGGAUACUUUGGACUUCUGGUUUGCCUGUAAUGGAUUUAGGCAGAUGAACCUCAAGGAUACCAAAACUUUGCGAGUAGCCAAAGCCAUCUAUAAGAGGUACAUUGAGAACAACAGCAUCGUCUCCAAGCAGCUGAAACCUGCCACCAAGACCUACAUACGAGAUGGCAUCAAGAAGCAGCAGAUCGACUCCAUCAUGUUUGACCAGGCACAGACUGAGAUCCAGGCAGUGAUGGAGGAAAAUGCCUACCAGAUGUUUUUGACUUCUGACAUAUACCUCGAGUAUGUGAGGAGUGGGGGAGAAAACACAGCUUACAUGAGUAAUGGGGGACUGGGAAGCCUAAAGGUCUUGUGUGGCUACCUCCCCACCUUGAAUGAAGAAGAGGAGUGGACUUGUGUAGAUUUCAAGUGCAAACUUUCACCUACUGUGGUUGGCUUAACGAGCAAAACUCUGCGGGCCACAGCCAGUGUGAGAUCCACGGAAGCCGCUGAAAAUGGAUACAGGUCCUUUAAGAGGAGCGACCCCGUUAACCCCUAUCAUGUAGGUUCCGGCUACGUCUUUGCGCCAGCCACCAGCGCCAAUGACAGCGAGAUAUCCAGUGACGCACUAACUGAUGAUUCCAUGUCCAUGACAGACAGCAGUGUAGAUGGAAUCCCUCCUUACCGCAUGGGGAGUAAGAAACAGCUCCAGAGAGAAAUGCACCGAAGUGCGAAGGCCAACGGCCAAGUAUCUCUACCUCAUUUCCCGAGAACCCACCGCCUGCCCAAGGAGAUGACGCCCGUGGAACCUGCUGCCUUUGCCGCUGAACUCAUCUCGAGGCUGGAGAAGCUGAAACUGGAGCUGGAGAGCCGCCACAGCUUGGAGGAGCGGCUGCAGCAGAUCCGAGAGGAUGAAGAAAAGGAGGGGUCCGAGCAGGCACUGGCACUGAGCUCACGGGAUGGAGCACCCAUCCAACACCCCCUGUCCCUCCUGCCCUCUGGCAGCUAUGAAGAUGACCCGCAGACCAUUCUGGAUGACCACCUGUCCAGGGUCCUCAAGACCCCUGGUUGCCAGUCACCUGGUGUGGGCCGCUAUAGCCCACGCUCCCGCUCCCCUGACCACCACCACCACCACCAGCAGUACCACUCUGUCCUCCCGCUGGGGGGCAAGCUGCCCCCUGUGGCUACCUGCCCACUCCUUGGGGGCAAAGGCUUCCUGAGCAAGCAGAUGACGAAACAUGUUCAUCACCACUACAUCCACCACCACGCCGUCCCCAAGACCAGGGAGGAGAUCGAAGCAGAAGCAACGCAGAGGGUGCGCUGCCUCUGCCCUGGGGGCACCGACUAUUACUGCUACUCAAAAUGCAAGAGCCACCCCAAGGCCCCAGAGCCCUUGCCAGGGGAGCAGUUUGGCGGCAGCAGAGGUAGUACCUUGCCCAAACGAAAUGUGAAAGGCACGGAACUGGGCCUGACACUGCCGGCCAGGGAAGGAGGGGUAUCCAAUGGAGCAGGGGCCCCACAGCUUCCUGGGGAGGAAGGAGACCGGUCACAGGAUGUCUGGCAAUGGAUGCUGGAGAGCGAGCGGCAGACCAAGCCCAAGCCUCAUAGUGCCCAAAGUGCAAAAAAGACUUACCCCUUGGAGUCUGCCCGCACAUCCCCGGGCGAACGAGUCAGCCGACACCAUCUGUGGGGAGGCAGUGGACACCCCCGCUCGACACCCCGGGCCCACCCAUUUACCCAAGACCCUGCGGUGCCUCCCCUGACCCCACCCAACACUUUGGCGCAGCUGGAAGAAGCCUGCAGAAGGCUGGCAGAGGUGUCAAAGCCCCAAAAGCAGCGGUGCUGCGUGGCCAAUCAGCAGAGGGACAGGAGCCAUUCAGCCACAGGUCAGGCAGGAGCCACAUCCUUCUCCAACCCAAGCCUGGCUCCAGAAGAUCACAAAGAGCCAAAGAAAGUGGCAGGUGUCCAUGUGCUUCAGGCCAGUGAGUUGGUUGUCACUUACUUUUUCUGUGGCGAAGAAAUUCCAUACAGGAGGAUGCUGAAGGCUCAGAGCUUGACCCUGGGCCACUUUAAAGAGCAGCUCAGCAAAAAGGGAAAUUAUAGGUAUUACUUCAAAAAAGCAAGUGAUGAGUUUGCCUGUGGAGCAGUGUUCGAGGAGAUCUGGGAUGAUGAGACAGUGCUCCCAAUGUAUGAAGGCAGGAUACUGGGCAAAGUGGAGAGGAUCGAUUGAACCUCAGGGUCUGCUUUGGUGCACCGUGGAGCUGAAGCCCAGUGACCUGUCUUGAACCUAACUGACAGCCACGAAACAUUUUGAA